GUUGAAGAACAAGAAAUCAAGCGAAAAGAGAAGGAGCUGAUGGCAACCAUCCGUCUCCCAGCUGAAGCAGAAAGCUAUCGUGUUGAAACCAUCGCUCAGGGUCGUCGUACUCAGACAGUGGAAGCUGCCAGAGCUGAAGCCGAACGUAUUAAGCGCAUUGGAGAAGCGGAGGCUUAUGCUGCUGAAGCUGUGGGUAAGGCAGAAGCAGAGAGUAUGAAGUUGAAGGCAGUAGCCUUCAAGCAGUAUGGUGAUGCAGCUAUUACAGCUAUGGUGCUUGAGAGCCUGCCACAGAUUGCUGCUGAAGUUGCUGCUCCUCUAGCCAAGACUGAGGAGAUCGUGAUGGUUGGUGGAGGAGACACAGUGAGCAAUGCCAUCAACAAGAUGUGCAGUGAAUUGCCACCUGCUGUCCAUGCUCUGACUGGUGUUGAUCUUACAAAGGUGCUAAGCAAAGUACCAGGUGCAACUGUCACCCAACCCACAGCAGCUCCACGUGUGGCCCCAACAGCCGUGUAAAGCUCCACUUGACAGGGAUAUCUAUGUAUCCAGUGGAAGGACACCUAGAGAACUACUAUUAGAAAUAAGAUAUAACUUUCUCCAUAGAUGUAACACGUUAAACAGCACAGUUUUAUUGUGAAAUGGUUAUUAACAGGAUACUAGAGUAAAGUCAAAUUCAUUGAUACUGAGUAGUUCAUUUGCAAAGAAAGAGACAGUAUGCAUCAUAUAAAUGUUUUUGUUUGUUCAGUAUUUAUUGAUGGAAGUUAAUUAUUUCUUUUUUCUAAUCUUACAAAAAAGGAAAGAUGAACUUUAUUUAUGGGAAAUCUAUUUUGAAAUACAGAUUUUUUUUCUCUUUUUUUAUUUUACAUAAUGUUUAUUUAGAAAAAAAAUUAUGAUUUCCCCCCAAAUGUUUGGGUAUUUUUAUUUUCCAUUUUUUAGAAACAAAUUGAUUUAUUUUAUCAUUUGUAGGUUAGAUGAUGGUAAGGUAAUUCUCAGGAUCUUGUAUAACAAAUUUAAGUCUAAAGGAAGUUUGUUUGUUUUUAUUGCUCUGUAAAAUAUCCUCCUAUUUCUGAAUAAGUCACAGCCUGCAGGAGGAGAGACUUCUGAAGGGCAGCAAACUGCAUUUGUGGAUAGUAAAUGCAGCAGUUGUUGCUCUGAUAGACUGAUUUCUUUUUAUGUUGCAGGUUUAUAAAUUAGUACAGCUUUUGUGUUGAUUUUAUUUGGCAUUUUUUU